CUGUCCAGUCGAAGAACGAACGCAGACACCGCUCGAAUUUCAUCAGCGGCACAUCACGGAUCGUUCGCUGCAUAAAAUAUUUUUAUUCAUACCAUAUUUUAGUUCGCGUAUAAUAACGAUUAUAUUUUAAUAUCGUAGUCCACAUGUGAUAUCGUCGUAAUAUUAUUUAAUUUUUAAAGCAUUGCUGCUGUUGCUGUAAAUUUUUUUUUAAAUUUAUUUGUGUGCUUUCAUAAUACAAACGUAGGUACCUACGCGAUCGUCACAUUUUAAUUGCGUAUUGCGGCGUGACCGCUACUGUGCGUAAAGUUUUUCGUUUUUUCCUUUAUUUCAAUUACAAAUUAAUCGCAAUCUAGUAUACGUACGAAAAAAUAUUUCAAUCAACUUUAGUUGAUUUUUUUGUGUCUUGGCCGUCACCAAAUACGACGAUCACCAUACAUAUUGUACUGAUAUUAUAGUUAUGAUGGACGAUCCUUGGUACAAAUCGACAGAUUCGUUAACAUGGGCAAUGACGAGGAAAAAGACCGAUUCGGAUGAACCAGGCAAAGAAAAACUUAACCGAGUGUUGACUUUUUUCGACUUGACUGCAUUAGGCACCGGUUCUACAUUGGGUUGCGGCGUGUACGUGUUAGCCGGUGCAGUAGCUAAAUCGAUCGCUGGUCCAGCCGUGGUCCUGUCCUUCGCCAUAGCCGCUGUGGUGUCUGCGUUUUCCGGAUUGUGUUACGCCGAGUUUGCUGGCCGAGUACCCAAAGCUGGAUCUGCGUAUAUCUACAGUUACGUGGCGGUUGGCGAGUUCACUGCUUUCGUCAUCGGCUGGAAUCUACUUAUCGAACAUCUCAUCGGUACCGCAUCUGUGGCCAAGGCUAUGAGCAAUUACUGCGAUUCUCUAUUAGGUAGCCCGCAAAGAAGAUACAUGAUCGAAAAUUUUCCCAUACACAUCGGUUUCUUGGCUGAUUAUCCCGACAUAGCGUCAUUUGUCGUGAUCGUCGUCAUUGCACUACUGGUAGCGUGGGGUGUUCGUGAAUCGUCAUUUACCAACAACAUAUUUACUGCAUUGAAUUUAAUAACCGUUUGCAUUGUAAUUGUCACUGGGUUUUAUAAAGCCAAUUAUUCGAACUGGUCUAUUCCGAAAAGCGAAAUACCACCAGAAGUAAAAGGCGGCGAAGGUGGUUUCUUACCAUAUGGAUGGGUCGGCGUAGCAGCCGGAGCUGCGAAAUGUUUCUAUGGAUUUAUCGGUUUCGAUUCGAUUGCCACGACUGGCGAAGAAACGAAAAAUCCUAAAAGAGAUAUACCACUGGCAAUCGUCGCGUCUCUAUUCCUGAGCACAAUUGCUUAUUGUGGGGUGGCUACUGUUUUAACACUCAUGUGGCCUUACUAUUCGCAGGAUCCAGAUGCACCACUUCCAGCCCUCUAUGAGAAUUUGGGAAUGCCGGUGAUAAAGAUUAUAGUCUCAGGCGGUGCGAUAUUUGCUUUGUGCACUAGUCUUUUGGGUGCAAUAUUUCCACUACCUCGCAUCUUGUAUGCAAUGGCCAGCGACGGUUUACUUUUCAAGUUCUUGUCUAAUAUAAACGCCACGACCAAAACCCCCCUAAUAUCCACGGUCAUUUGUGGAGUUUUCGCCGGAACUUUGGCCACCGUGUUCAAUCUCGAGCAGCUCAUCGAUAUGGCGUCCAUCGGGACCCUCCAGGCGUAUACGAUUGUUUGCAUUUGCGUAUUGAUACUGCGGUACACCGAUAACAAUCCAUCUAUCCAAGACAAUAUAUCGAAGUCGAAAGCGAUUACGGUUUACACAUGGUUGAAUUUGUCAAACGCUAAAGUACCGAACUCCGACACCCAAUUCAUUUCAAGGGCGUUGAUAUUUAUAUUUAGUGUAUGUACGUUUGUGUUUGGGAUAAGUUUAUCAAAUAUGGAAUCACAUCAUGGCAACACAAGAAACGUACUCAUGAUUAUAAAUGUAAUAUCACUUAUGGUUUUGUUGGUCACUUUGUUUAUGCUGGCCAGACUUCCGACAGCUCAAGAAGAUCUAUCGUUUAAGGUGCCUUUGGUUCCACUCAUACCGUGCUUGAGCAUUGUACUAAACGUUUAUCUGAUGAUGGAACUAGAGUACAAGACUUGGAUAAGGUUCAUCGUAUGGCUUAUAUGUGGAUUAUUGAUAUAUUUGUUCUACGGUAUUGGUCACAGUUUGGAAGGCAACAAGCAAAAAAUCCAGCUAAACACAAUUCAAAUCAAACCGAAAUUAUCCAGUUAAUUUUAUGUUUAUUUGUUAAAUUACCCAUAAGCUGAAAUCAUAUUUUAAUUUAUAUGGUACUUUUAUUAGUUGCUUAUAUUAAAUAGGUACUUAUCCCAGUUUUAGGAUUUUUAGUGCUUCUUGCUUUAAUUUAAGUGUUUUAUUUAAUGUUUUAUAGAGCUAUAGCCUAUAACAUCCGAACUCUAUACGUACCCUAUAAUAUUUAUAUUAUAAUUAUUUAUACUUGUGUUAAUAUUUAGUUUUGGUCAAACAUUUUAAAUUAAUAUAUUUUUAGAUAUAAUAUUAUGUUUUUUAAAAUUAUUAAAUGUCAAAAUGGAGUGCAAAUAAAUUAAAUACAAUUUUAAAAAGAAACUUGGAAACAUAGAAGUACUUGAUAUUUUUCGAUAAUAAUAAUAAUCAUUAUAAUUAAAAUAAUAAUUUGAUACUAUUAAAUCUGUUUGGCUAUUUUUCACAUGUCAAUAUGUCGUAUAAUAAUUCAUAAAUUCAUAAUAAUAUAGUAUUAUAAACGUAUUUUUCCACUGUGAUCGUUGAUGUAAAAGGAAAUAUUAUUAUUCCUUAACUAAAAAUUAAAUAUUUAAAAAUAUAAAAUUUUAAUAUAUAUUUAUAAAAAUUCUUAUUUUAAAAUGUUCAUAGAAUUAUAAUAUAAUAUUACUUAAAUAUUCAUAAUCCUAAUUGAAGUACCUAAAUAAAAAGAAAUGAACACACAUAUUGUAAUAACAUCCAAAUCCUUAUUAAUCUGUGAGAUAUUACUAAUUACUAGUACCUAAGAGUGAUUUAAUUUGCUUUACAUACAAUUGUUAAGUAUGGAGUCUGAAGAUAUUAAUAUAACAUGAAUACAUAAUUGAUAACUAUGUUUAUGGAUAUCAAAUGUAUCUUAUAUUUAUAUUAUACUGACAAAUGUAUGUUAUAUUAUAAUAAUAUGAUUAUUUAUGUUGUUUUACGUAUUACUUUUUGUACAUUUUAUUAUUAUAAUACCUAUUAAAAAUAUAUAACAACAUACAAAUUA